CAAAACUACAACAAGCUUCUGAUGUCAACAACGAAAAAAAGUCAUCAUCUGACGAAAUUUCAAUACCUCAUUUUGCAGUGUGAAUCAUUUUAUGCUUGACAGAUAGUCUGACUGAUAAACUGAUAGCACUCGAAGCGUAGUAGGGUUUUCCAGUGUCAAAUGGUAUUUUUCAAUAGUAGCUCGCACAAAUUGUUGUUUCACUAGCCUCGACUGCAAUCAAACCCAAAAUGUCUUCGACUAUUACUGCCGUAAAUGUCGAUGGCAUCCAAUUCGAUCGCAACGAUUUUUUGGGGAGCGGUAGGUUCGGUUCAGUGUAUCGUGGUACAUAUAAAGGUCAAAGUAUAGCAGUCAAACGAAUUAAGAAGAGAAGUGACGGGUUUCCAUCAAUUGAGGAGUUAAAAGUUUGGCAGCAGUUAGACCACCCAAAUGUUGUAAAACUUCUUCACUACGUAAGCGAUGACGAUGACGAUUUCACUUAUCUCGCUUUGGAAUUGUGCGACGCAUCAUUGGAUCAGGUGUUUCUGAAUCAGGACGAUCCUCGAAAAUAUAAAGGACCUGCCUUAACAAAUCACGUUGAGGUUUUCUCCCAGUUAGCCUCUGGUCUCGAAUAUAUUCAUUCAAAGAAUCUGGUCCAUGGAAACAUUAAACCGGAAAACAUUCUGAUUUCUGUGAAACCUACUGACUGUGGCGAUAAGGUAACCAUCAAGUGGAGUGACUUUGAAUUUUCCAAAGCUGUCGACGAACGGGAAACAUUCACAACGAGUGGAAUCAAAGGAGGUCCACUUUGGUUCGCCCCCGAACUGUUCAAAAUGUUUGGCGAAAACCUUAGCCUAGAAAAAACCAGCAAGGAAGGCGAUGUCUUCGCAGAAGGCCUCGUCUUCGGUUACAUUCUCAUAAAAGGAAGACAUCUCUACGGUGAGGAUAGUCAUUCAAUCAUGGAAAACCUCAAGGAUAACAAACCAGUUUAUAUAGAUAAAAUUCACAAAAAUCAUUGGGCCCCUAAUUUGAUAGAAUACAUGGUGACUAAGCCACCUGCUACUAGAUUGACAUCUAAAGAAGUCCAUGUUCGACUUCAAUACAUAAAAAUAAGACUUGUCGAGGAAGAAAAAAAGCUGCUUCAGCAGUUUGAAAGGAAGAAAUCGGAUUUUAUGAAUUUGAUCAAAGAUUUCAGCCAACGUGGUUUGGACGUGAACGCAAAGAGCCAAUCCAAAAAGAACGCACUCCAUUUUUUGUGUGGAUCCAAUUCAACACCAAACUUAACCGAUGCAAUUCGACUGUUGGUCGAACUCGGAAUCGACGUGAACGCAAAGGGCGAAUACGAAAGGAACGCACUCCAUUUAUUGUGUCUAUACAAUUCAACACCAAACUUAAUCGAUGCAAUUCGACUGUUGGUCGAACUCGGAAUCGACGUGAACGCAAAAGACAAAUACGAAAAGAACGCACUCCAUUUUUUGUGUGGAUCCAAUUCAACACCAAACUUAACCGAUGCAAUUCGACUGUUGGUCGAACUCGGAAUCGACGUGAACGCAAAGAGCCAAUCCAAAAAGAACGCACUCCAUUUUUUGUGUGGAUCCAAUUCAACACCAAACUUAACCGAUGCAAUUCGACUGUUGGUCGAACUCGGAAUCGACGUGAACGCAAAGGGCGAAUACGAAAGGAACGCACUCCAUUUAUUGUGUCUAUACAAUUCAACACCAAACUUAAUCGAUGCAAUUCGACUGUUGGUCGAACUCGGAAUCGACGUGAACGCAAAAGACAAAUACGAAAAGAACGCACUCCAUUUUUUGUGUGGAUCCAAUUCAACACCAAACUUAACCGAUGCAAUUCGACUGUUGGUCGAACUCGGAAUCGACGUGAACGCAAAAGACAAAUACGAAAAGAACGCACUCCAUAUUUUGUGUCUAAACAAUUCAACACCAAACUUAACCGAUGCAAUUCGACUGUUGGUCGAACUCGGAAUCGACGUGAACGAAAAGGGCGACACAGGAAUGAACGCACUCCAUUAUUUGUGUCUAAACAAUUCAACACCAAACUUAACCGAUGCAAUUCGACUGUUGGUCGAACUCGGAAUCGACGUGAACGCAAAGGACGAAUACGAAAAGAACGCACUCCAUAUUUUGUGUCUAAACAAUUCAACACCAAACUUAACCGAUGCAAUUCGACUGUUGGUCGAACUCGGAAUCGACGUGAACGAAAAGGGCGACACAGGAAUGAACGCACUCCAUUAUUUGUGUCUAAACAAUUCAACACCAAACUUAACCGAUGCAAUUCGACUGUUGGUCGAACUCGGAAUCGACGUGAACGCAAAGGACGAAUACGAAAAGAACGCACUCCAUUAUUUGUGUCUAAACAAUUCAACACCAAACUUAACCGAUGCAAUUCGACUGUUGGUCGAACUCGGAAUCGACGUGAACGCAAUGGACGAGAUGAAAAGGAAAGCGGUCAAUUUCUUGAGAGAAUAUCGGAGAAAAGAAGAACGGCAGAAAUAUGAAAAAAGGGAAGGACAAUUCGUGGACGAGGCCAUUCAAUUCCUAGAGAACGCAGCUAUUACUGAUUUCUCUAAACUGAAAUAUGGAGAAUAUAAGCAUGACAGAUUUAAGUUCGUUGAAGAGGAAGAAAAAUUGCAUCAAAUGGAUCCUCAAGAGUUUUCAUCGGUUCUACCGGGAAUAAGCGGAGUAUCCAUUCACGACGAUAACGUGAUUACAAAGGACAAGGGUAAAAGGAAUGCACUCCAUGUUUUGUGUCAAAGCGAUUCAAGCUCCAAUUUAAUCAACGAAAUAAAACGCUUGAUCAAAAUCGGGUACAAUGUGAAUGAUAAAGACAAGGACGGACGGAACGCGCUUCAUUAUUUGUGUCAAGACAAUUCCAGUUCCAAUUUAGUAGAGGCAAUUAAACUCUUUAUCGAUACCGGAAUCGACGCGAAGGAAAAGGACAACGAUGAAUGGAACGCACUCCAUUAUUUGUGUCGAUUUAAUUCAAGCUCAGACUUGAGGGAUGCAAUUCAAAUGUUAAUCAAACACGGAAUCGACGCGAACGAAAAGACAAACGAUGGAUGCAAUACGCUCCAUUUCUUGUGUCAAAACCAUUCAACCUCGAACUUCAUAGACGUAAUUCAAAUAUUAAUCCAACAAGGAAUCGACGUGAAAGAAAAGGACAAAAAUGGAAGGAAUGCGCUCUUCUUCUUAAUCAGAAACAGCAAUAUGGAUAACCAUUUGAAAUCGAACGUCUUCAGAUUUUUAAUCCGACACGGGAUUCAAGUACAUAGCGAAAACGAAGAAAGUUGCAAUUUAUAUCAAGACUUUUUCAAAGAAAACGAUAAUUGUGGAAAAAUUUGUUUUGAUUUCCUGGUAAAAGAAGAAAUUCGUCUGGGAUGGCACGACGCAUGUGAAAAUUGCCAACAAAUACUGUCCAUUACAGAAAGUCCCCGAGUGCGAUUACAGCACCACCAAAUGUUUAGCAGCUGCUACGGAGUAUUUCACCUUCUCAUGAAACAUUUAGAAAAAUGGGCAAAAUCAAACCAAAGACCUGGGGAAUCAGAGCUGGAUAUGAGCAAACCAACAAAAUGGCUGCGCGAAAAAGCAGAACAAUACGGUGAAAGUGAAACCGGAAAAAGCUUCAAAGAAGAUUUUGAAGUCAUGGCUGACGUUAGUGAACAAGUAAAAAAAGGGAGCAACUCGAGUGAAUUCAAUUGUGACCACUACGAACGCUAUUUGAGAUCCAUGUAUUCGAUAGCGGAAAUGACUGACGCCAAAGAGUCAAUGGGACAAAACAAAUGGUUUUAUCUUUUGCCUUUUGAUUUCCCUAUUGAUUAUGGUGAUGAAAAAGAAUCAGACAUCAAACGAGCGAAAAUGGAAUGGGACAGGACGCUUUUCAGCUGGGCACACAAAGAAACUGACGAAUAUUACGGCACGUUUAUGAAAGAAGAUGCCAACGACGGCUUUUUCCUGCCCAAAGAGUUCAAACACAAGUGCCAUGAAAUCGAUGGCAAAUCACAAAACCAUUACGUGGAGCAACUCUUUAGGGGGAUGUUGGAAACCAACGCCAACAAAAGAAUGACAUCGUUAGAGAUCGCUAAGCAAAUGAAAUCCAUCGAAAAUAAGCUUUAUGAAAAAGAAGAAGAAUUGCGUCAACUAUGUGCUACUGACUCUUCUCCGGCUCUAGUGCAAAAAAUCAGAGACAUAACUAGCCUCGGAAUCGACGUGAACGCAAUGGACAAGGACGGGCGGAAUGCACUUCAUUACCUGUGCCAACACAAUUCCAGCUCAACAUUAAUCGACGCUAUUAAGCUCUUGAUUGAACUAGGAAUUUGCAUCAUGUCCAACGGCCACGACGCAAGAACUAUAUUACGCCAACAUUAUAAUAAAAGCGACAUAGAAGAAAUCAUAGAACUACUUGACGAAGCGUGUUCUUUGUUAGCUUAAGUUUGCUUUUCCUAAGACUUGCAGGGUUCUUGCAAUCAUUUUUGUUCAGAGAAAAAGAGAAAUGAUGUAGGCAGACGGACUUUAAGCGAUUUGGGUCCCACUGCUACAAAAUAACCCCACACCUUGCAAAAUGAAGCUGGCCCAUGUUUAGAAGUGAAGUUCAUGUUUCACAUUGAUUAGAAUUUUUCCUUAACUGAUUUGUAGUUUUCCCCCUUAGUGUGGCGGUCUAAAAUACACUAGUAAGACAUA